CGGAAGUUGCGUUUUUGUAGACAUUUUCAUGAUGGCCGACAAUGAUGAUUUAACAAAUGAACAGACUGAACAAUUACUUCAGUAUCAGGAUUUGACUGGUAUUGAUGACAUUGCACGAUGUCGAGAAGUUUUGCAGAGACACAACUGGGAUAUCGAGACUGCUGUUCAAGACACGUUCAAUGAACGUGAAGGGGCUCCACGGGUGUUCAACCAACCAGAACCUCGCCAGCCAUCCAUGAACCUGGAGCCGUUGGAUCAGAGAGUGUUCACAAUAGGAAGACGCCAGCCCCAGGGGCUGGUACAGUGGGGGUAUUACCUGCUUCUGUUCCCGUUCAGAUUCGUUUAUAUCACAGUCUGGGACAUUCUCAGAUUUUUCUAUCGAUUGAUACGCCCUGAUCCAAGGAGGAAUGUGACGGAUCCUCUUGGUGAUGUGAUGAAGUUUAUUCGCAGCUUUGAGGAGAAAUACGGCUCUGAUCACCCUGUCUUCUAUCACGGAACUUACAGUCAGGCUUUAAAUGAUGCAAAGCGCGAGUUGAAGUUUCUGUUGGUCUAUCUCCAUGGCGACGACCAUGAGGAUACAGAUGAGUUUUGCAGGAAAACGUUAUGCAGUGAGCGAAUGUAUGACUUUGUGGCAUCCAGAGUAUUGUUUUGGGCAUGCAGCACAAACAGUCCAGAAGGCUAUAGAGUGUCUCAAGCGUUGCGUGAAAACACGUAUCCAUUUCUAGCGUUGGUCGUCUUGCGAGAUAACCGCAUGACUGUCGUGGCAAAGAUUGAAGGACUCAUAGUAGAUACAGGAGAUCUAGUGACAAGACUGGAGAACAUUAUGCGAGACAAUGAAGGUUCUUUGAUAGCAGCCAGAGCUGACAGAGAAGAAAGGAGCUUUAAUCAAACCCUCAGGCUGCAGCAAGAUGAGGCAUAUUUAGAGUCGCUAAAGGCCGACCAGGAAAAGGAACGAAAGAAAAGGGAAGAGCGUGAAAAACAAGAGGUUUUGGAACAGAGAGUUCGAGAUGAAGAAUAUGAAAGAUUACGUCUUAUGGAGGAGCGUGAAAACCGGAAGCAUGACCUGAUGAGAGAGAUACCGGAUGAGCCAGCACCGGAUGACCCGGACGCAAUACGAAUCAUGUUGAAGGUCCCCAGUGGGAUCAGACUGGAGAGGAGGUUCCUAAAGUCUCAGUCACUCAAGUAUUUAUACUACUAUGUGUUCUGCCACAAAGAAUGUCCAGACAAUUUUUCAGUUGUUUCCAACUACCCGCGGAGAACUUUAGAAUGUGAACCCACCGACUCUUGUCCCGAACCUAUGACAUUCGAAAAGGCCGGUCUUGGAAAGUCAGAAAUGCUUUUUAUUCACGACCACGAGGCAUAACGUCUGCUCUAGAAGGAUUGGAUUAAGUGUUGCUGCCUUGAAAAUUGGUUCUAGAAGAAUGGUAUACGUGAUUUCAUCAUCAGUGGUGGAAAGAUUGCUUUUAUGCACAAAAAAAGAUGGAAGUGUUCUGUUGCAGACAAAAAAAGAAGAAGAAAGACUUGAAAACGAAAACUUGUUUGUGGUGUGAGGUGGGGUUGGAUGGGGUUAGGAUCGAAACCCCAAAAUGUAAUGGUAUACCUUUGAAAUGUUACAAAAUGGGUGCAAAGACAGCAGCUUUGAGCAACUUUGAUGCACAGAGAGAAAAUUAUAAGAAAAGUGAAUUACCUCAUGGUAGUUGGAAACCUAGACGCUGUGUUGAGUACAUUUGUUUUUCUUCUUCCACAAUACCACACGGAAAAGAAGUAACAUCGUUUGACUAAUGAGGACUGGAAAGUUGUGGAUUCAUUACCCUCUUGUUUGUGUUUCGUCUUCUCUGUUCAUAUCUGAAUGGUUUUAUGUAACAGGGGAAGGGGUGUAGGUUCUUACAUGUACAUGUUUUUUUUUUUUAUCUAUUAAAGGUAUUUCGCCCUU